AUGGAGGAUUCGUUCUACUUCUCUCUACUACGAAUAUCAAUUGCCCAAAUUCUAAAAACACAAGGAUUUGACAAAUGCAAACCAUCAACCUUAGAUACCCUCACAUCGUUGUACAUCAACUACUUGACCAAACUCACAUCCGAAUCCAUCAACUUAAGUGUAACAAGAACAAGAACCAACUCGCCUGAAAUACAAGAUGUAAUGCAAGCGAUGAUUGAUAUUGGACUGGUUAAUGCUACGCAAGCUAAUCGAAUACACGACGAAUAUUUUGACGAGCUGGAGUAUAAUACUCAAUCGAUAAACCUGUUUAAAGGCUGGGUGAUGAGUUACUAUGGCGACCAAAUUAGGGGUAUUGCUAAAAGGAAGCAGAGGAAGGAGGACAAUGAAGGAGAAAGAAAUAAGAUGAUUGAGAAUAAUGAGGAACAACAUACAAAGCAACAACAACAACAACAACCACCACCAACCCCUCAUGACUUUUAUACUCAAUUCACACUAGCCAAUGACAUUAAUUCCAAAAAGACCAAUAACGGCAACAAUGCACAAGAAGAUGGUGACGACCUAUCCUCAACUCACCAUAGUAAUUUAAAUAAAUUGAAAUGGUUAAAUCAUUUACUAGAUAAAGAUUUAAAACUAGGUCAUAGGUUGAAGUAUCUAUACGCUAGUGAAUUCAUAGCUGAUGCAUUUGAAGAUGAUUUGCUUACCCGUAAAACAAACCAACAAGAAGAACAAGAAGGUAGUAAUAACAAGUUUAGUGACGCUGAUAUGGGGAAUAGAGAAACCAUGGAUGAUUUGUAUUUAAAAGUGGCGAAUAUUCGAAAUAGUGAGUGGAAUGAUUACAUUGUAAAACCAAUAACUAGUGAUGUUGAAACGAAGGUCAAAAAAGACGGUAGUAAUUCUGCUGCUGUUGCUGAUGGUGGCAGAGGAGGUGAGGAUGGUGUUGAUGGUGAUGAUUUGGCUAAAAAGGAAGCUGUUUUGGAAAAAUAUCUACCUUAUAACAUCAAGUAUUCAGAACAGUUAUUAACUGAUAACUUUGAUGGUGUUGAUAAUGAUGAUGGUAGUCAAGAUGCUGAGAUGGAAGAAAGUGAAACCAUGUCACAACCAGCUGCUGAAGUAUAG